UUCAGUCGCUCGCAUGCCUGUCCGCCGGCGGUCGCAGCCCCGCCAUGUCCUGCUACAUCUACCAGCUGCCCUCCUGGGUGGUGGACGACCUGUGCCGCAACAUGGACACGCUCAGCGAGUGGGACUGGAUGCAUUUCGAUCCUCUUGCUCACCCUCCAGCCUCCUACGUGAUCACAGAUCUGACCCAGCUGCGGAAGAUCAAGUCGAUGGAGCGGGUGCAGGGCGUGAGCAUCACCCGGGAGGUGCUGUGGUGGUGGGGGAUGCGGCAGGCCACCGUCCAGCAGCUGGUGGACCUCCUGUGCCACCUGGAGCUCUACCGUGCUGCCCAGAUCGUCCUGAACUGGAAACCAGCUCCUGAAAUCAAGUCUUCCGUCCCAUACUUCCAGGAUGCCGUGAACGCAGUGAGGCCUUUGGCAGCGUCUGUGAGAGACACCAAGGAUGGACAGGAGCAGGGGCAGCCCACGAGGACGGCUGCCUCCCCAGGCUCAAGGCCCCCUCUGGCCAGAGCCAGCCUCCCGCUUCCUCCUGAAGAUGCCUCUUCUGCCUUAAACACCGAGCCUCCAGCUUCAUCUGAUUCAAAGGAUUUUAGCGCCUCCAUUCCCGAGGAAGAAACACUUUUGAGCCUGGCUGGAGACAGCCUUUUCUGGAGUGAGGCGGACGUGGUCCAAGCAACAGAUAACUUCAACCAAAACCACAAAAUCAGCGAGGGGACCUUUGCUGAUGUCUACAGAGGGCACCGGCACGGCGAGCCAUUCGUCUUCAAGAAGCUCAGAGAGAUGGCCUGCUCAGGUCUAGGAUCAAUCAAAAAGUUUUUCCAGGCAGAGGUCCAAAUCUGUCACAGAUGCUGCCACCCCAACGUCUUACCUCUGCUGGGCUUCUGCACCGGAGGACAGUUUCACAGCUUGGUCCACCCCUACAUGGCAAAUGGUUCUCUACAGGACAGACUCCAGCACCAGGGUGGCUCAGACCCCCUCCUCUGGCUCCAGCGCGUCAGCAUCUGCUCGGGGCUGCUUCGUGCCGUGGAGCAUCUGCACGGCCUGGAUAUCAUCCACAGCAACAUCAAGAGCUCCAAUGUUUUGCUAGACGAAAACUUCACCCCCAAGCUGGCACAUCCAAUGGCUCACCUGUGUCCUGUCAACAAAAGGUCAAGGUACACUGUGAUGAAGACCCACCUUUUCCAGGCCUCCGCUGCGUAUCUGCCAGACGAUUUCAUCAGGGUGGGGCAGCUGACGAAGCGAGUGGACGUCUUCAGCUGUGGGAUAGUGUUAGCUGAGGUCCUCACUGGCAUCCCUGCGAUGGAUAACGGCCGCAGCCCGGUGUACCUGAAGGAUUUACUCCUCAGUGAAAUUCCCAGCAGCACCACCUCGCUGUGCUCCAGGAAGACGGACGUGGAGAAGGUGAUGGCCAAGGAGCUCUGCCAAAAGUACCUGGAGAAGAGAGCGGGGAGGCUGCCGGAGGGCUGCGCCGAGGCCUUGGCCACUGCCGCCUGCCUCUGCCUGCGGAGGCGCAACGCCAGCCUGGCGGAGGUGUGUGGCUCUGUGGCCUCCGUGGAAGAGAAGCUCAGAGGUCAGGACACAUCUCUCCCUUGGAGUGGGCUUUCUGAGGGCACAGGCUCUUCCUCCAACACCCCAGAAGAAACGGAUGACGUGGACAAUUCCAGCUUCGAUGGCUCCUGCUCCAUGAGGAUGGCACCCUCGGCUGGGGCUGCUGCCUUGCCUCCCCCGACAGAGGAUGGAGAAGGCAGGCCUCCAGCUGGUGGGGAAAUAGAGGCUGACUCCUCCUCUGAGGCCUGUGCCAGCGGGGAGCCCCCCGGGGAUGCUACAGAGACUUCAUGGAAAAUUGAGAUCAAUGAGGCCAAAAGGAAACUGAUGCAGAAUAUCCUGCUCUACAAAGAGAAGAAACUGGACAGCAUUGAGCUUUUUGGCCUCUGAUAACCAGAACACAGAACACUUGUCCUCAGUUGGAAGGACACCUGUCAAAUCAAGAAAAAGAUCUGAGGCGAAUUAAAAUCUCCUAGGAAACACAGAAACCAAACAUCAGCUUUCCUGGGACGGAGAGAAGCUUCCAUUUUACCAGUGUGAGGUAGGGGAGAAGGGACGUCAGCUGUCAGAGACACCAAAAUCCAGGAAAUCCUCAUCCUUUCUGGGAUUUGUCCGUCAGAGCUGGUCACCAGGAGACUGAAGCGGAAAUUCGGGCCCAGGAUGUGGGUGAUUUUGUGGUUCCGGGGAGCGUGUGACAAUAACCACCCCAGCAGAUGUUGUUACCCAGCUCGCUCUGCUUGACAACUGACAGAGCAUUCUGAACGCUCACAGCACUUUCCGAAGUUAAGAUCUCUGGGUCAUAUUUGCCAACAACCACCUGCAAACUUCCGUGACCUGAAAGAUUUUCAACUUGUGUCCCAAUGCAUUUCUUGACUCACCUCUCAAGCUCUCAGGUUUUACAAAUGCCAGACACCUGGCAAGGGUCUCUGUAAGUUUUCUGUUCUCUCUACUGGAAAUCUUGCAGCCCACCGAUAUUUAUUUAAUGCCCGUUCUGUGCCUUUAUCCUCCCAUCCCACUGAUGCUGAUAUGUUCAAUGGGGGUUUUUGUUUUGAGAAUGUGUGUUAUUUAUGGCUGGAUGAAGAAUCAGGAGAACGAGUUUCAUGCCUGAUUCUGCUGCUAAUUAAGUCAAUCAUUUUAUUUCUGGAACCUCAGUUUCUUCGUUAGUAACACCUGUUCAUUCUCCCGCCCUGGGCAGUUGGGAAGAACAGGUAAGACAUGGCUGCAGAAGUACCUGGAAAAUGCACUUGUCCUGUAUUAUAAAAUAAAUUAAUAAAUAAGCAUAUAUUUCUGCCAUGUACCUAAUGUUUAUGCAGUGGGUAUAUUUCUGAAAAGUCAUGUUGCAAAUCUUUUUGUGAAACAAAUGCUAUUUUAAAUUGUGUGUCCUAUUUUAAUCCUACGAUAGUGAUUUUGUCUCUUUCUUUUUGUAAAAUAAAAAUAUAUUGGUAAAAUCAAGA